AUGACAAGCCCAGAUUCGCAGACAGCAGAGUUGGACCGUCAGUUCCUCGACACUGUCACCAUCCAGGGCCGGGAGUAUCAAAAGUACUCUAUCGACCACAACAUCUAUUUCGGACCCGUUGACGACGAAGAAGCCCAGAGUCUGGAUCAUCAGCAAAAAAUCUUCCAAAAAAUCUUUGACGACCGCCUAGUAUUUCCACCAAUUCCACGGCUGCGAAGAGUGUUGGAUUGUGGACAUGGAUCCGCCUCGUGGGCUGUGGACGUUGCUGAACAGUAUCCAAAUUGCGAUGUCAUUGGCGUAGACAUCGCACCGCAAAUGACCCCGGAUGAUGUGCCUGAAAAUCUUUGGCUCCAGAAGGGAUCCUGUAGAAGGGAUCCUGGUCUUGAGAUUCAUAUCCGGGAAGCACUGAAAUGCUUGCCGGUCGAUGACCUGAACCGAAGAUUCACAUUCCCCUCGAACCAUUUUGACCUGGUCCAUUCUCAACUUCUUGCAACGGGCAUCCACCGUGCGCGAUGGCCAUCUUACAUCCACGAUAUCGUCAGGGUAUUGAAGCCGGGAGGAUGGAUCCAAAUGGUCGAAAUAUACUUCAACGUUCAGUCUGACAAUGGCUCUCUCACUGACCAGCAUGCUUUGCGAAGGUGGAGUACGCAAUUUAUGCGUGCAUUGGAAGAUCAAAAAGACCUCCGUAUCGGAUCGAGACUGCAAGAUCUGUGCAUGAGGGAGGGUUUGGAGGAAGUUGACAGCAAGAUGAUCCCGCUCCCUUUAUCUGCAUGGCCGACUGAUUCAAGGAUGCGAUCUAUCGGACAAUCCAAUGGUGAUAACAUCCAACAGCUUCUUCGAUCCCUGGCGCUACAUCCACUCACCCAGCGUUUGCACAUGUCGAGAGAGAAAUUUGACUUGCUGGUGGAAAAUUCCCAGCAAGAGGCGAUAAAUCCUUCAUUGAAGGCAUACUUCCCAUUAUACAUUUGCAUUGCCCGAAAGCCGGCAUGA